UCAUAUAAUCAUCCCUUCAUUCUUUGAAACAAUGAGUUUAUUCAAAAACACAUUCGUUUCGACCUGGUCUUUUCAUGUUCUUAAAAAAUUUUUAAAUCAUACACAAUGCCACAUAUAGGGUUAUAAACUUCCUAUAAUUUUUCCCUGAUACCAACCAGUCAAUGAAAUGUACUAGUAAAUUUUACUAGGUGCUUCUCGAUGCGCAAUCUAUGUAAUAUAUAAGUUUAUGCCUGUUUGCGUAAUAACUUUACGACGGUUAAAUUAGGUUAUAUUAUGAUUUAGUGUUUGAUAUUAUUAACAAAAUGUCACGGAAAAAACACAAUGUGUCGUAUAUUAAACCAAACGAACCAAAAUUUUUACGUGAAUUAAAAGAACAAGUUGGAUAUAAAGAAGGACCCACAGUCGAGACAAAGAGAGAAGUAUUGCCAGUAGCUUCAGAUAAUGAAGAUGAACGUGAUGAAGAGAAACCUGUUGUGGUUGUAUUAAAUUCUGAACAUUUAACUGAAGAAGAAGCAGAGGCAUUUAAAAAAAAAAAAGAAGAAGAAGAAACUAAUGCCCCAGCUGAUCUAUCUAAACGAAUCAUAUUUAGGAAAAAUAAAUUAACAGAAUCAGAAACCAUAGAUAAGCCAGUGAAAAAGAAGAUAAAGAAAAGAAAACAGGAAAAGACUGUGUUAUCUUUUAAUGAUAAUGAUGAAGAUUAUCUUUAACACUAUUUAUAUAUUUAGAGUGUUUUUGCACACAUGUUGUACAUAAUAGAAAUUAAUGUAAAGACUUUUUAUGUAUUUGAAUUCAUAUUUAAAUGAAAAUAUUAUUUUUUAUUUUUUAAACAACAAUUUUUAAGAUACUUGCAUAAACAUUAAAAUUUUGUAAUAAAAAUAUUUUAGAAUAAAUUGCAGCUGUAGUCUUAAUUACAUAUAUGAGAAGUAAUUAUAUACUCAAUGGUAUGAUAAAAGAUACUUAUAGAUGAUAAGGAUAUUAUUCCACUUGGAAUAUUACAAGAAUUAAAUAAUAAUUUAAAUAUUAAUAAAAUUCGUAAAGAUAUCAAA